AUCAGCAGCCGGUAUGGAUCUCAAAGAUUUUGAUAGCUUUACAAAUAGUUGGUGGCCAAUUGGUAUAUCCACAGUCAUCAGUAUAAUAGCUGCAAUCAGGUUUUAUAUGGCUGGACCAAAGUGCCCCAGUGAAAAUAGGAUUGAUGAUUGUGUGGUAUUAAUAACUGGUGCUUCUUCCGGCUUAGGAUUAGCUACAUCCAAAGAACUAGCAGCUAGAGGGGCAAAGAUUAUACUGACUUGCAGAAAUAAGGAGAAAGGAGAGAAGGCAGUGGAGGCGGUCCUGCAGACACUUCCAACGGCGCAGAUCGAUCUGAGACUCUUGGAUGUAUCGAGUUUGAUGAACAUCCGUGACUUUGUAAACAAUUUGAAGAAAGAUUAUCCUAAAAUAGAUGUACUAAUUAAUAACGCUGGGAUAAUAUUCGAACAAUAUCAAAAAACAAAGGAGAACUUGGAGCUGACAUUUGUUACGAAUUACUUAGGUCCCUUCUUGCUGACUCAUCUGCUAUUACCUUUGCUGUCGAAGUCAGAUAAUGGGCGAAUAAUAAAUAUUACCUCUUUGGCCCACUACAGAGCAAACAUUGACAUUAACAAUUUCGAUUUUUCCAAAAAAUUCAUGUAUCGAGAAGUCUACGGACAGACUAAGCUCGCUUUGGUCAUGUUCACAAAGCAUUUAGCAUCUUUAUUAAAAGGAAAAGGAAUCACGGUGAACGCUGUUAGUCCAGGAAUCGUACGAGACACAAAGCAUUUCCGAAGCUCCCCAUUAGGUAGUUCCUGGAUGACAAAGAUGUCUGUGUACCCUUGGACUUGGCUUUUCUUGAAAACUCCCAAACAGGGAUCUCAGACAGUUGUCUAUGCAGCGAUUGAACCCAGUUUGGAUACCGUCACCGGGUCUUAUUUUAGUGAUUGCGAGAUCAAGGAACCCUCUGAAAUAGUCAACGACGCAGCUCUACUUGAGAAACUGUACGAAAGAUCGAUAGAAUUGUGUAAUUUGAGCGACGAUUUAAAUUUGCAGCUGAGUGAUUGAUUGUAAUAAUAAAAAUAGUU